GCGGGCCUGGGGGGAACCCGUGGCGACGGAGGCUGCCCUCAGCUGCUCAGACGCGGGCUCCCGAGGAAAGCCCUCCCCCAUGGGCAAAAGGGGGCCGACUCCGGGGUGGGACGGCACUUUAGGGCCUCGGGGGCCACGUGACCCUCCCCCAGGAAUGUGGUGACGUCACCGGGGGCGUGGCCAGUCCCAAAAUUGGGGAGGAAGGGGGGGAAAAAAAGGCCAGAAAAAGUUGCUUUCCUGAAGUUCCAACCGAGGUGUGGGACGGAAGACGGGGUCAAGGCCGGAGGCCCGGGCUCUGUGGGGCCCGACCGCUGCCUGGAGCCCCUCGUUCCAGGCCAUGUCGGGGCCCACCUGGCUCCCUCCGAAGCAGCCGGAGCCCGCCAGAGCCCCUCAGGGGAGAGCACUCCCCCGAGGCGUCCCGGGGCCGCCGUCAGCCCACGGAACAGCACUCCAGCCCCACCCCAGGGUCAAUUUUUGCCCCCUCCCAUCUGAGCAGUGUUACCAGGUCCCGGGGGGACCAGAGGAUCGGGGGCUGGCCUGGGUGGGGUGCCAUGGAGCACCCCAGCGCCCGCAGGGACUCCCCCAAGACAGGGGCGGUUUGCACCCAGGAAGCCUGGAUGCUGAGAUAGAUUCCCUGACCAGCAUGCUGGCUGAGCUGGAUGGGGGUCGUGGUCAUGCCCCAAGGAGACUAGACUGGCAGGCUUAUGAAGCCCCUCAGCCCCCUGCCUAUCGCACGGGUUUGGGUUCAGGCUCCCUGAAGCCAAAUGGAGGGGCUGCUCCUGCCCCGCUGCUCUCAGCAGCUCCCUGUGGGGGCCCCGCUCCGGCCUCCUAUGCCACAGCCAGCACUCCCGCUGGCCCGCCCUUCCCUGUGCAAGUGAAGGUGGCACAGCCAGUGAGGGGCUGCGGCCCACCCAGGCGGGGGGCCUCCCAGGCCUCUGGGCCCCUCCCGGGCCCCCACUUUCCUCUCCCAGGCCGAGCAGAUGUCUGGGGGGCUGGUUACAGAAGCCACCGAGAGCCAGGGCCAGUGAGUAAAGAGGAGGCUGCAGGAGGAGGAAGACGAGGUGGCUACGGGCCCCAGGUCCCCCUGAGCCAGCCUCCUGAGGAGGAGCUUGAGAGGCUGACCAAGAAGCUGGUGCAUGACAUGAACCACCCCCCCAGUGGGGAGUACUUUGGUCGGUGUGGCGGCUGUGGAGAAGAUGUGGUCGGGGAUGGGGCCGGGGUUGUGGCCCUGGACCGAGUCUUCCAUGUUGCCUGCUUUGUAUGUUCUACGUGUCGUGCCCAACUUCGGGGCCAGCACUUCUAUGCUGUGGAGAGGAGGGCAUACUGUGAGAGCUGCUACGUGGCCACCCUGGAGAAGUGUUCCACAUGCUCCCAACCCAUCUUGGACCGGAUCCUGCGGGCUAUGGGAAAGGCCUACCACCCUGGCUGCUUCACCUGUGUGGUGUGCCACCGUGGCCUUGACGGCAUCCCUUUCACAGUAGAUGCCACCAGCCAGAUCCACUGCAUUGAGGACUUCCACAGGAAGUUUGCCCCGCGGUGCUCAGUGUGUGGUGGGGCCAUCAUGCCUGAGCCAGGUCAGGAGGAGACUGUGCGAAUUGUUGCUCUGGAUCGCAGUUUUCACAUUGGCUGUUACAAGUGCGAGGAAUGUGGACUGUUGCUAUCCUCUGAGGGUGAGUGUCAGGGCUGCUACCCGCUGGAUGGGCACAUCUUGUGCAAGGCCUGCAGUGCCUGGCGCAUCCAGGAACUCUCGGCCACUGUUACCACUGACUGCUGAGUCUUCCCAGAUGUACCUGCUGCCUUCUCCCUUCCCGUCAACCACACCGAUAUCUACCUUUACAACUUUGUCACCAAAUGCUGUCUACUCUUCCUCCAAUCAUGAAAUAAUAAUCCCUCAAGAGUUUACAAAACACA